AUGGGGUGGCUUGAGCAAGUUUCCGGCAGCUUGACGAAAGCUUCAUCAGGCUCUGUAAUGAAGAAGAUAGAAGCAUGGGUAGCUUUAGUAGAUUUCCAGCAGCUUGACGAAAGCUUCGUCAGGUUCCUAGGUUGCUUGACAAAAGAGAAAAUGGGAAGAGAUGGAGGAAUAUGGCUCGAAAUUGAAGUGUUCCAGGGAUGA